AUGAUGGCGGCAACGGCUAGGGUGCGAGCGCGAGCGCGGUGGGUGCCGGCGCUCUGGCGGAUGCGGUGGCUACCGCUCCUGUUAGCCGUGACAGCGGCGGCAGUGGCGGCGGAGCAGCAGGUGCCGCUGGUGCUGUGGUCGAGUGACCGGGACCUGUGGGCUCCUGCGGCCGACACUCACGAGGGUCACAUCACCAGCGACAUGCAGCUCUCUACCUACUUGGACCCCGCCCUGGAGCUAGGCCCCCGGAACGUGCUGCUCUUCCUGCAGGACAAGCUAAGCAUCGAGGACUUCACUGCCUAUGGAGGAGUGUUUGGCAACAAGCAGGACAGCGCCUUUUCAAACCUGGAGAAUGCCCUGACUCUGGCCCCCUCCUCGCUGGUGCUCCCUGCAGUCGACUGGUAUGCUGUAAGCACGCUGACCACCUACCUGCAGGAGAAACUCGGGGCUAGCCCCCUGCAUGUGGACCUGGCCACACUUCGGGAGCUGAAGCUCAAUGCCAGCCUCCCAGCCUUGCUGCUCAUCCGACUGCCCUACACGGCCAGCUCUGGCCUGAUGGCGCCCAGGGAAGUCCUUACGGGCAAUGACGAGGUCAUUGGGCAGGUGCUGAGCACACUCCAGUCUGAGGAUGUCCCGUACACGGCAGUUCUCACAGCAGUCCGUCCUUCCAGGGUGGCCCGGGAGGCAGCCAUGGUAUCUGGGGGGCUAGGUCGCCAGCUGCUGGAGAAGAAGAUCCAGGCAGAUGUGCCUCACCCCCCUGUGAGCUACAAUGACACGGCCCCCCGGAUCCUGUUCUGGGCUCAGAACUUCUCUGUGGCUUAUAACAAGCAGUGGAAGGACCUGACCUCGCUCACCUUUGGGGUCCAGGAACUCAACCUGACCGGCUCUUACUGGAAUAGCUCUGAUGCUGGACUUGUGCUGACCUACAAGCAACUGUUUGGUACCAUGGUGACAUUCAAGUUCAUCUUUGCUAACCGCUUCUACCCUGUGUCUGCCCGACACUGGUUUACCAUGGAGCGCCUGGAGAUUCAUAGCAAUGGCUCCAUCACCUACUUCAAUGCCUCCCAGAUCACUGCACCCAGCAUCUACUCCUUCCAUUGCCAGUGGGUCAGCAGCGUUAGCAAGGACGACAGCGUGCUCGAGCUUUACACGCAGUCCUCUCUCUGGCAGCUAACACUUCGGGACUUCCAGAUCCAGGCCUUCAAUGUGAGCGGCGAGCAUUUCUCCUACGCCAGUGAUUGUGCCGCUUUCUUCUCCCCGGGCAUCUGGAUGGGACUACUCACUUCCCUCUCCAUGCUUGGCAUCUUCACCUAUGGACUCCACAUGAUCCUCAGCCUCAAGACCAUGGACCGCUUCGAUGACCACAAGGGCCCUGUCAUCUCUCUCACCCAGAUAGUGUGA